AUGGCCGCCCGCCAUUCCCGCCGCUUUUUGCGCCCGCUUCUCUAUACCUCCGCCGCCGCAGCUGCAGGUGCCGGAGUUCUUUAUAUAUCCUACCGGCCACGCAACAUACCGGGUUCUGAAGGCCCUGCCGUACCUCCUCCGGGCUAUCGUGAGGGUAAACUGAUACCCCCGAGCUUUCCGCUGAUCAAGUCCCGCGCGGAGCAGAUCCAGGACCUUAGACGCUCGGCGGCGCAAACUGACUCGAGCUCCGACAGCGACGUCUAUGACCUGCUGGUCAUUGGUGGUGGCGCCACGGGUUCUGGAAUUGCCCUUGAUGCAGCUACGCGUGGGUUGAAGGUGGCUGUCGUGGAGCGGGAUGAUUUCAGUGCUGGUACGAGCAGUAAGAGCACCAAACUGGUACACGGUGGUGUCAGAUACCUGGAGAAGGCAGUAUGGGAAUUAGAUUAUGACCAGUAUAAACUUGUUAAGGAAGCCCUGAGAGAGCGCAAGUACUUCUUGAAUACUGCGCCUCAUCUGUCACAGUGGCUGCCCAUUAUGGUCCCUGUGCAGAAAUGGUGGCAGGCCCCGUACUUCUGGCUCGGAACUAAGGCCUAUGACUUUUUGGCCGGUUCGGAGGGCAUCGAGACUUCCUAUUUUCUCACCAAAAGCAAAGCCCUUGAUGCAUUCCCCAUGUUGAGAAAGGACAAUGUCAUUGGAGCCAUGGUUUACUACGAUGGCGCUCACAAUGACUCUCGUAUGAACGUGUCUUUGGCUAUGACAGCUGCCUUGUACGGUAGCACUGUUGUCAACCACAUGGAAGUCACGGGGUUGACCAAGGAUGCAUCGGGCAAGCUGAACGGCGCUGUACUUAGGGAUAUGAUCCCAGGCAAAGAUGGCAAGAGCACCGAGGAGUUCACAAUCCGUGCAAAGGGCAUCAUCAAUGCGACAGGCCCCUUUACCGACUCCAUUAGAAAAAUGGAUGAGCCCGAUGUGAAGGAGAUUGUGGCCCCCAGCGCUGGUGUUCACGUCAUUCUUCCUGGAUACUACAGUCCCUCGGACAUGGGUCUAAUCGAUCCAUCGACCUCCGACGGACGAGUGAUCUUCUUCCUGCCUUGGCAUGGAAACACCAUUGCCGGAACAACAGAUGCACCGUCGGAGAUCACGCCUCAUCCUGAACCUUCAGAAAAGGAUAUCAACUGGAUUCUCUCUGAACUUCGCAAUUACCUCGCCCCUGACAUCACCGUGAACCGAAGCGAUGUGCUUGCUGCAUGGUCCGGCAUCCGGCCCCUGGUACGGGAUCCUAAGAAAGAGCGCUCCGAGGCGCUCGUCCGCAAUCAUCUGAUCUCGGUCUCGCCCUCGGGGUUGCUGACGUGUGCCGGCGGGAAGUGGACGACCUAUCGCCAGAUGGCCGAGGAGGCUGUCGAUGAAGCGAUUAGCUCUUUCAGACUAGAGACUAGGGAGAAGUCUGAAGUCCCGGAUAUCAGCGGUGUCGGAGGAAGUGGCCUGGUUUCCGACGGGGCAGUCCUUGAUGGCUCCUGCCAGACACACCAAGUUCGCUUAAUAGGUGCCCAUGGCUAUUCCAAGACUCUUUUCAUCAAUCUUAUCCAGCACUAUGGUCUCGAAACGGAUGUGGCCAAACACUUGACCACAUCGUAUGGAGACCGUGCUUGGCAGGUUGCAGCCCUCUCCUCUCCCACUAACGCCCGGUUCCCCGUCCGCGGAAAUCGCAUCUCGACCCUGUAUCCUUUCAUCGAUGGCGAAAUCCGGUAUGCUAUUCGCCACGAGUAUGCACAGACAGCCGUUGACGUUAUCGCUCGGCGAACUCGUCUUGCUUUCCUAAACGCCGAAGCAGCGCUUGAAGCUUUGCCGAGCGUCAUCGACUUAAUGGGAGAGGAGCUGCACUGGAAUGAUAAGAGAAAGGACUUGGAAUGGAAAGAAUCUGUUCAGUUUCUUUCUUCCAUGGGUCUCUCCAAGAGUUUGCUUGGGCUAAGCAGGAAGGAAGUCGAACGUGGAAGGGUUACUGAGCUAGACGACGCGGAACGCAAAACCUCAAGGCUUGAAGGACCGGCAGAUAUCCUCGAGCGUGACGUUCUGUCAACUACUCCGACUACUCCUAACCCAUUGGUUCGCCCCGAAUCCGAGGCAAACAAAUAG